GGGGCAGGCACAUCACCUAACGUCGAUCCGUCUCUCUCUACGGAAGACAACAAAACUAGGUACAAAUCAACCUGAGUGACAUUAGCAGAUACCGAGGCCGGGGCGCGGACCUAAGACCUAAGACCUAAGACCGAAGGAGUGAGAUCCGAUAUAGGGUUGUUGUAUUUAUCAUCAACACGCCCUUCCCCGCAAUAUAAACAUACACACUCGUACUUUAUACACUUCCACACUCGCAACCUACGUCCCUUCAGCAAUUGACAUACGUGAUUUUCGACGACAGCUGUUUCAAUUGAUUCAAUCCGUCCGUCGCUCUUACAGGAAAACAACAUAGAGACGACACCGUAACGAUAAACUGUUGAACACAACGCACGCUGGUUCUACCUCCUCUUUCCUCCUCACUUGGAAUUGAUACGGCGUAUCGUUACAUGCCCACCACGCUCCACCUCCUCUGGCGAACCUUCUUCCUCUCACCCACCACAACCAGGACCCUCACCAAGCCCAUCACCACCCUCCGCCCACCAACCUUCCAUCUCCACCCCCAAUUCCAACCCUUCACAACCUCCCCCAUCUCCACCAAAAUGGCCCUCCCCAAAACGACACCCCAAGUCUCCAUCUCCACCACAGGCCCCCCCUCCCUCCUAACCUACACCCCCUCCUCCCCGCUCCCCACCCCCCCAAAAGGCCACGCCCUCGUACGCAACGCAUUCAUAGGAAUAAACUACAUCGACACAUACUUCCGCUCCGGGCUCUACCCCAUCGCGUCCUUCCCCUUCGUCCCCGGUCGCGAGGCCUCCGGCGUCGUCGUCGCGUUCGGCCCUGACACUUCUCCCCCCUCCGCUACCAAAGAUGGCAAAGGUGUGGUGGAGGUGGGAAGCAGAGUCGCAUACUUGCACACCGCCACGUACGCGGGCCACACCGUCGUGCCCGUCGAGGCGCUCGUCCCGGUACCAGAUGGCGUGGGGGAUGAAGUCGCGGCCGCGUCGUUGCUGCAGGGACUUACGGCGCUGACGCUGAUCCGCGAGGCGCAUAGGGUGGAGAGGGGGGAUUGGGUUCUUGUUACUGCGGCGGCGGGGGGCGUGGGAGGCUGGUUGUGUCAGUUGCUCAGGGCGGUGGGCGCGAGGACGAUUGCGGUGGCGAGUAGUGAGGAGAAGAGGGGGUUGGCGAGGGAGAAUGGCGCGGAGGUUGCGAUUGGGUAUGGGGAGGAGGAUCGGGAGAAGUUUGUCGAGGAGGUGCUUGGGAUUACGGGCGGGGAGGGGGUCGCGGCGGUGUUUGAUAGUGUGGGGAAGGCGACGUUUGAUAGCGUGCUGAAGGUUGUGAGGAGGAAGGGGAGUUUGAUUAGUUUUGGGAAUGCGAGUGGUGCGGUUGAGGGGUUUGCGCUGGGCAGGUUGGGCGCGAAGAAUGUGAGGCUCAUGAGGCCGACGCUGUUUAACUUCAUCGCGACGAGGGAGGAGUUGCUGGGGUAUGCGGAGGAGCUGUGGGGGUUCGUGGAGAGGGGCGAGGUCAAGGUGCACAUUCACGAGAUCUACCCCCUGGAGGACGUCGUUAGAGCUACUGUGGACAUCGAGAGCAGGAAGACGACCGGAAAGCUGUUGCUCAAGCCGUGAGCGUUUGUAGGCAGAAAGAACAAUCACAUCCCUGUAUCAGAC